GCUAUUUAUACAUUUACAAAUGAAUUAAGAAGUCGUCUCUUACAAUUUGUCACUGGUACAUCACGUGUACCUAUGAAUGGUUUUGCAGAAUUAUGGGGUUCAAGUGGACCACAGAAAUUCACUGUUGAAUGUUGGGGUUCUGUGGAUCAAUUGCCUCGUGCUCAUACAUGGUAUGUUGUGUUUCCUGUUUUCCUAUAA